AUGGGUACCGGUAGCGAUUAUAGAGGGGGAUCGAGGCAGUCACACUCUAGAUACUCAGGUCAGUCGGCGACCAGUGCACUUUCCCAAUUUGCAGGCAGGAGAUUUGACCGCUCCAUUUAUUCAGAACAGAGUCAGAGAUCGAGAGCUUCAGGUUUCCAGUUUAGAGGCGAUUAUAGUCAGAGGAGACCACCAGUCCCACAAUGGGAAAAUAAUGAAGCAAGGGACAACUUGCAGGUCUCAGAUUCAGUGAUGCCGGUGAAGAGGAAAGCUACAGCGGCCCAGAAGGGCAAGACGGUGGCUGGGAAAAGAAUUGAACGGGAGCCACCAGCGGAAGUAGAAGAAGGCGAGUCUCAUAACGAGACUCCUCCCCAGACUUUUCAUGCUCCCCCCGUGUCAGCAGAGCAGAGAGGAGUUCCGGCUCCAGCCCCAGCACCACCAGUUCCACCGCCAGCCGCUCCGGGCCAUCAGAUGGCAGAGGCCAUCCAGUUAUUGACCCAGCUAGUGGCCGCACAAGCUCAGCGGCAAGAUGUAGACCCGGGAGACAGGGCGGCCCAUGCCCAAAACUUGGAGGAACAAUAUCAGCUACGGAGAGGGGAGCGUUAUCCAGAGAGGAGUUCCAGGAAGCGAGGCAGAUCUUUCGGGGCUAGAAGCGAAUAUAGAGGGGGGCAAGCACAUGAGCAAUCGGGGUAUUUAGGCCAGUCAGUGGCCAGUGCACCACCUCGAUUUGCGGAUAGGGGAUUUGAUCGCUCUGCCUACUCGGGACCAGAUCAGG